CACAUUUUCCACGAGCACUGCCCGCCCAGCGACCGCAAUCGCUCACGUGCCUAAAAUUCUCAACUAGUUAAUAAAAUUAUCAAGUGUAAGCGUAAAAAUAAAAAUAACCCAACUGUCCCAGCGAAAAUAGCCGCCGAUAUUAACUUUGUGUUCGCGCCUAAACGUUUCAUUACCACCCCGGCAAUCACAUGGUAAAAAUCAAUAUCCGAGAAAAGUGCAAUUUUUUACAAGUAAUGGAUGUUAAUUUGAAUUUAUAACGUGUUCAUCUUAAUUGUGUGUCAUCCCAUUAAAGCAACUGGAUUUACGCCAAAUUGCCAAAAAUAUUUAACGUCCUUACUAUUUGUGUGUUUGGUGGAAUAAUAUUUACGCGGCAGGCGGCGGUUUUUCCCUCGUUCCUCGUGGAAAUGCAGCGCAUCUUGAGUCUCGAGACCAGCAGGAGUUCCAAUUUGACGUCGGAGUUUGUGACAAAAAGGCUGUGCUGCAGUUUCAUUCUCACGGUGGCUUUUUUCGCCGUUAUCGGAGGAUUUUUCCUUGGCCGCUUUGCUACAGACAAGACUUUGCAAAAGCUAAAAAUGGAAAUUUCGGAAAUUUCCAAGAAAAUCACCACACUGGACAAAAAUUUGAAAAGUACAUUCCACGAUAGCUUAAGUAAUGCGAACUGCAGUGCGAAGAUUAAGUGCGAACACUGGAAACUGCCCACACAGGUGCCUCAGGAGGUCUCGUCGAAGUCUUUACUAGACGAACUCAAUAGGUGUUUUAGUAAUGGAUGAGUUUUUUCGAUGCAAUUCCAUUUAAUUUUAGUCUUUUUGUAUCAUUCGAUGUUUUCGCCUUUCAAUAACACGUUUCACGUUCAUAUUCGAUGUUGCAGAAAUUUUGAUUAAACCUGACGAAAGAUGAAAAAUCAAUGUUUGGAUUCGUAUGUCAUUCUAACUAAUUGGUCAUUCGUUAAAAAACAACUAAUGUCGGCUAUAAUUAGUGAUUGUGAUAAAUUAGUGUACCUCUAUUUUGUAACUAUGUCUACACACAUUUACUUGUAAAAUAAAUAUAUUUUUG